AUGUCUGCUGAUUCGAUUGACCAGGUUUUUGAGAAAGCUAUUUCUACUAUCCAUACUCUGUCGUCCCUGAAGGGAUAUAAUUCUUUGCCCCGACCUCCGGCUCAUGUCAGAAUCGAACUUUACGCUUUUUUUAAACAGGCCACAGAGGGCGAUGCUCAAACGGCUCUAACGAGACCUGACGAUGAUUCAAAUGACGCCGAUCGCGGAGUGGCUCUCAAAAAGUGGAAUGCAUGGCAUACAAAGCAUGGAAUGGCCCAAAUUGAAGCCAAGAAGCAAUAUAUUCAGUUGCUUAUUUCCACGAUGAGAUCGUACGCAAUGGGCACAAUAGCCGCGAGAGAACUGCUUGGUGACCUCGAGUUUCUGUGGUGGCAAGUCGCAGAUGGCGGCGGAGAGGUGAUUGAGGACAAUAGCAGUAUGAUUUUGGCCCUGCAAGACGAUAUUCCAGAUUCAAAGUCACUUCAUUUGCGCAGGGAGAUCUACGAAACCCUGAGCGCCUUGAACGAGAAAAAAUUGCAUCUAUCGAAACACAGCCGUGCUGGCCAUGGGAAAGAUUUGAAAAAGGAUAUAACUCGUCUAUCAAGAUUGAAAAAGCAGGUUUACUGGCUUGCGUCACUGAUCGCAAAGUACGCCUACUUUCUACUAAAGAAACUCUUGUACAAUGCCGUUUUCCUCCUAUUGCUUUUCGAAGCGGCAAACCACUUCCAGAUCUCACCUCCUCAGCUAGCCAACACCAGUUUUUCUUUGUCAAAUUUUCGCAAAGCAUGUGAAUUUCUCUGGAAUUCUGCCAUGAGAGGAACCUGGACUGCGUUCAAGUCCAUUUACGAUUGUUCUUCUAUCAGAACGAUAGCGACUUGA